CAUGAGGUCCACGAUUCUGGUACUUCUUUGGCUCGGAGCCAUCGCAUCGGUUCAGGGGAACCACACCCAUUUGGUGGAUUCCUCUCUGGAGAAUCGCAUUCUAUCGCGACGGGUGCGGGGUUUGGUAUUCCCGGACAAGGCCUCCGUUCUCCUGACCGCCGCCCUAACCAAAAUCAUUGUGGGUGCUAGACCUAGUGGACUUCAGUAUAGUUUGGAGUUCGACAUGUACGUUCCACUGCCCGACACCGUGGAGGGUUGGCAGCCCAAGAUCCUGAAGAGGUUGAAGCCAAAACCCAUGCCAAAACGACGAUAUGAUUGGUCAUAUUACAAGAAACCUUUUAGAUAUAAUCCCUACUAUUCUACGCCUAAUAAAAAUACCUAUUACACCAGCCCUGCCGUUAAUAGAGCACCAUUCUAUCAAACUGCAUCUAGUCCCGCCUUCAGUAGGGAUACAUUUUACAAAACUCCAUGGAGUCUAGCUUCGCCCAUUAGUCGAAAGAAUUUCUAUCAACCCAGGAAACAAGUCUAUAAAACUACUCCCGCAUUAAAUGGAGGUUCAUUCUACCAAACCCCCUGGAGUUUAGCUUCGAAUACCAAUCGGCAGAAUUCUCAUCAACCGGCUGAAGAGGUUUACGAAUCCUGGACUCAAGUGCCCAGUUGGAAACUAAAUCGUGGUUAUAGAGAGCGCCGAGAGAUUUUUGAUCAGUUCGAGGCGAUGGGAAAAGUUUUCCAGUUGGAUCUUAGGUCCUGUAUUAAGAGAGCCAUGUGCGAACUGAGGGCUAAAUUUAAUGCAGGUCAUGACCAGGGUUUUCUUAUGGAGGAUCUAAUGCGGAUUGUCUUGACAGUGCCCGAGGAGAUAACCGAUGAUAAGUACAGACAUCGCAUGGACGUCCAGGACUGCGUCCGAUUCUACUCCCCCAGUUGUCCUUACAAUGUUCUGGACUUCCUCACCCAGAGUGGUGGUAGAAAAAUAUGA